ACAACGGCUGAGGAGUGGUGUUACCGCUUGGCAUAAAUAAAAGAUGAUUUUCUUGUUCGAUUAAUAAUAAUUGUAUAUGUGAAUAGUUCAAAUGUGAUAUGUGUAUUUACUAAAUAACGUUAAUAAUAGUUUUCGAUAUGUUUCGCUGCAUUCCUAUAUUUAAAGGUUGCAAUCGGCAAGUGGAGUUUGUGGACAAAAGACACUGUUCUUUACCAAACGUGCCCGAAGAUAUUUUACGCUAUUCAAGAAGUUUGGAAGAACUGUUAUUGGAUGCUAAUCAUAUAAGGGAUUUGCCUAAGAAUUUCUUUCGCCUUCAACGAUUACGGAAGCUCGGACUUAGUGAUAAUGAAAUUCACCGGUUGCCUGCCGAAAUUCAAAAUUUUGAAAAUCUUGUGGAGCUUGACGUAUCAAGAAAUGACAUUCCCGAUAUACCUGAGGACAUCAAGCAUCUGCGGGCACUACAGGUAGCAGACUUCAGUAGUAACCCCAUACCUAAAUUACCUUCGGGUUUUAGUCAGCUGACAUCACUUACAGUACUAGGCCUUAAUGACAUGAGCCUCACGAGCUUACCGAGCGACUUCGGAUGCUUGACAUCACUAGAAUCAUUAGAACUGAGAGAAAAUUUAUUAAAAUCUCUUCCUGAGUCUUUGAGUCGACUUUCAAAGUUGCAGAGGCUAGAUUUAGGUGAUAAUGAAUUAGAAGAAUUGCCCCCACACAUAGGAUCCCUUCCAGCAUUACAGGAGCUCUGGUUAGAUCAUAAUCAGCUGCAGUCUCUACCAGAACAACUUGGCUCUUUGCGCAGUCUGAUUUGUCUCGACGUUUCGGAGAAUAGAUUGGAGACAAUUCCUGAUCGGGUGUUGCGAGGACUUGCCAAUCUCACUGAUUUGCUACUUUCACAAAACCUCAUCGAGGAGUUACCUGAUGGCAUCGGUGAAAUGCACAAAUUGACCAUUUUAAAAUUGGACCAGAAUCGCCUGCACACGCUCAAUAGCAACAUAGGAAAAUGUGAAAAUCUGCAGGAGCUGAUAUUGACUGAAAAUUUCCUCCUGUCCUUGCCCGUUGGUAUCGGCAACCUGUUGCGCUUGACGAACCUGAACGUCGAUCGUAACAGCCUGGUGUCAAUACCUCACCAGAUCGGUAAUUUAACGAUGCUUGGCGUAUUGUCAUUGCGUGAUAAUAAACUCACAGUUGUGCCUAAUGAACUCGGAGACUGCAAGUCAUUGCAUGUUCUUGACGUGUCCGGAAAUAGAUUAAAGUAUCUUCCAUUUUCUUUAGUUAAUUUGCAAUUAAAAGCGAUUUGGUUAUCAGAAAACCAAGCCCAGCCACUUCUUACAUUCCAAACUGAUAUUGACGAAGCGACCUCAGAACAGGUGCUGACAUGUUUCUUGUUACCACAACAAGAUUACCAACAUCCUACAACGCAAGAUUUCGAGUGGACUGACGGACGAUUAUAUCGGUCAGAACAACAGUUUAAAUCCGGUGAUAUUAAUUUCCAAGACACGGAUAGCGGUGGUACUACCGACUGGGAGGAAAGGGAGGCCUCACGAACGUCCACUGUUAAAUUCCAACACGAUGAUUCCGACCAAAAAGCACGGGAACAAGAUAAAGAAACUCCAUUUGUUAGACAAAAUACACCUCAUCCUAAGGAAUUGAAAGCUAAAGCACAAAAAUUGUUUUUGAAAUCAAAGCAAAACUCAACCGAGGAACAACAAUCGGUUGCCGUUAACCACCUUGUUACCGGAACGAAACCUGUGGAAGCUACUAAGCAAAUAGUACCUAACGACGUGAAAGCAAAUGUGCAGUUAGAUAGUACGUAUUCUGUCGCGCCUAAUGCUGUACAUGAAGAAGUCAUUACGAGUCCCGCUGAUGCUUCAACAGAACCUACAGAAGAUGUGGACAGUGCUGCUUACCUUGAGGAUGAAGAGUACGAAGAAAAAAAGGUUGGAUUCGUAGAAAAUGCGGAUGCUGACAGUAAAGUUAGCAAACUGAAACGGAGAGAUACCCCCCAUCACCUUAAAAAUAAGAGAGUGACGUCCACUCCUGACAAGGAAAAAAUGGCAUUGCUCGAUGCGGUUAUCAAACGCGAAAGAGAAGAACAACUCAUGAACGCGUUAGGUGGCAAAGAAAUCGUGCAUGAAAUACGCGUAUCUAGGACAGGUUCAGGAUUAGGUUUAAGCAUAGCUGGUGGUGUUGGUUCAACUCCAUUCAAAGGUGAUGAUGAGGGUAUUUUCAUAUCACGAGUCACUCCCGGAGGACCAGCUGAUUUGGCUGGACUCAAGGUUGGCGAUAAAGUUAUAACUGUAAAUGGAGUUUCCGUACUUUCCGCUGAUCAUUAUGAUGCAGUCGAAGUUCUGAAAGCUAGUGGUCCUUUGUUAAUAUUACAGGUUACUCGAAGUGAUAAUGACGAGAUUCAUUCUGGAACAACAAGCAAAACACAUUCUAGGCAAAAUAGUUCCGUUUCACAAAAUAGUUCUGUAUGUAAUAGAAGUGAUAUAGUUGUAAGUGAAAAGUCUUCCACAAUGAUGAUGAAACCAGAACCCAUAACAUUAGUACCAGACAAUUCAGAACCACUUAUGCAGAAAAUAACACUUCAUACAACACUCAUAAGAGAUCCUGGCUGUGGUCUAGGAUUUAGUAUAGCUGGUGGCAGAGAAUCUCCUUCUUACAAAGAAAAUGCAGAUGGUGUUUAUAUAUCAAGAAUUGCAGAAGGCGGAGUGGCUCACAAAGAUGGAAAAUUACAACUGGGAGAUAAAGUUAUCUCUAUUAAUGGUGUUGACAUGACUGCUGGCAGACAUGAUCAAGCUGUUGGGCUUUUAACUGGUUUGGAACGUUUUGUUAGGAUUGUUGUUGAGAGACAAGUUCCAAUAGAUUCCGUCACUGGUAGUCCAAGUCCAAAUAUUCUUAAAGGAAAUGUAUACAGCCCUAAUAGUUAUAUAGCAAACCGUCCAGGUUUUACAUACAGACGUAAUAUAACAGAUCAGGAAACGGCUAAGCCAACACUGUCUCCUGGAAUUGUUCAACCACCUGCAGGAGUGGCUCUUCAGCCUCCACAGCCAGCACCCAGGUCUAUGAAGGAGGUCAUCACGAACAUUCCUAUCACUAAACCCCAGCAUAAAAAUGAAUCAUCAGAAAACACACAAUCACACCAAGAGCAACCUAGUACGACAAAGCCUGAAAAUCAUGAGGGAGAUGAUAUACAUAUACCUCGUCCAAUUACAAAUGAAGAAUUCCAAGCUAUGAUUCCACCGCAUUUCUUAAGCAAUCAACCUAACCCAGCAAUUAUGGCAACACCUGAAGCACAGGUGACUGUAACAAUAAAACAGCCUCCGCCAGUCGGGAAUGGCGUGAUUGAUUUGUUACCUCCUACAACGAUUGCCAUCGGCAAAGUGACUGAAACAAUAACCAAGGCAACAUUCACUGAGACUACUGUUACUCGGGUCACUGACAAUAAAUUACGCGAGCAAGUUAUUAUUGAGGACGUGGUUCUGAAUAAGACUAAGGGUUCAUUAGGCUUCAGUAUUAUUGGAGGCACUGAUCAUUCCUCAGUUCCAUUCGGCAUAAAUGAACCAGGAAUAUUUAUUUCACACGUUGUUCCUGGUGGCAUAGCUCAUCAAUCUGGUAAAUUAAGAUUAGGUGAUCGUUUGUUAAGUGUAAAUGGUACAUCACUUGUUGGAGCAUCACAUCAUGAAGCUGUUAUGCUUCUUUUACAACCAGGGGAAGAAAUGACGUUAUCAGUUCAACACGAUCCGCUACCUGCAGGAUUUGAGGAAAUUCGUAUUAUAAAAAGUCCAGGAGAAAGAUUGGGUAUGCACAUAAAAGGAGGUUUAAAUGGUUUGAAAGGCAAUCCUUUAGAUCCAUCCGAUGAAGGUAUUUUUAUUUCCAAAAUCAGUUCUCAAGGAGCUAUAAGGAGAGACGGUCGAUUAAAGGUGGGAAUGAGGCUGCUGAAAGUAAAUGGCAUUUCAUUAUUAGGAGUAACUCAUCAGGAAGCAGUCAAUGCUUUGAGAUCUUGCGGGGACGAACUAGAUAUUGUGGUUUGCUCAGGUUAUAACAAACCAAAAGGGGAUCAAAUUACUGCAUCGGUUAGCCCUAGUGUUAGUAGUUUGGACAAAGAAGAAAGGACAAUUGAAAGGGAAAACUUAAUCAAUAAAGAAAUGAUGAAUUACGACAAGCCAGUUAUAGACCAUAUCAGUAAUAAUAUUUAUAAUGAUGUACAUAAUGAUAAUAAGGCUGUUAGUCAUAUAACACUUGAAGGCCAUGAAAAUAUGCAGCAAGUUGAAUUGUUAGAAAAUAGGACUAAAUCCACACCAGAAAAGGUAUUAGAAAUUGUAAGAGCAGCAGAGAAUUUAGUGCCUGAUUUAGUUCCAAUUUCACCAAAAAGUCCAAAGGAUGAUGGCAAGGAUAGUUUACAUAAAAAAACUACUGUAAUGAUGUCGAAACACACGUUAGAGCAACCUCAAACGCAGAAAUUUUCUGUGAGCGACAAAAAGAAGUUUUUCGAAAAUGCGAUCGAAGAAACGCAUAAACCAUCCCCUAAACCAGAAAAAGUAUUUAGCUUUUUAAGCGAAGAUGAAAUAGAAAAGUUAAAACAGGAAGAAGAACACAAAAUUGCUGCGGUUAUAAUGGAUUCUGAUAGUUCUUCAGAAUAUUCGGAUGAGGAUGAUCAUGGCUCAGUGGGUGAUAUAAAAGCCCCGGCCGUAAUCCGAACUGCAAACGCCGAGAAGCGGCAUAGGGCCCGCAACGGGAACAGCAACGGCGCGGGCGAUUCGGCGGAUCAGGAGACCGCGGACCUGUCGCCGGCCGAACUGCGAGCACUGAAGGCCAAAAAACGAGCCGCUUGGAGGCAGGCACGACUCAAGUCACUCGAACAGGAUGCGAUGCAAGCGCAAGCCGUUAUAAGGAGCAUGGCCCAAAGGUUAAUGCAAGAAGAGGUGGAUAACUCGACGCCGGAGCAACGUGUUUCGUCGUUAGAGUACGAUCGAUCAGAAUUCGAAGCAGAUACUGGUGCCAUUCACCAGAGUCAUCCAGUUCCUGAGGCCGUCAACCCGACUCUCAUCGGUAAUGGACAAGUGGUAAUGGAUGGGAGGAAGACGGAGGAACACACGAUUUUUACCACCCCGAGACGGCAGCAAAACUCACCAGACGAAUUUUCUCCUGAAAAUUCCCUGCUGGCUGACCUGGUCACCAGGAUGGGCGGAUUGGAUGUUGUGACGGACGUCUCUAAGUCCAAAACAGACCAAGAGACGCUGAAGAAACUUUAGUAUUUGUGACUCCAGUUGGAGCGGCAUUUUUAAAGAUCUCUUAACAUUCGAUUUGGAAAUUUUAACAAUGCUUGCCGAUCCAAAUGUGACUCCGAGGACAGAAAUGAUUAGGCGAUAUAUGAUAUAUAUUAUAUGACCCAGACACAACACAAAACAAAUUCACAAGUUAAAAAUGAUCUAGAAUAAUUUUGAAUAAUUUUAAGUAUUAUUAUUUUAAUCAUAUUUAUG